UCUGGUGUAGCAAAAAGUAUCGUAUAAAUUGGAACACAGGGAGAAAUAUUAUACAUAUGCUCCAUCAUAACACUGAUAUUCUCUCUCAGUCCACAAAUAAAAAUUGCAGAUUCUUUGACCUGAAACAUAGAGAAGCAAAUUAAGCUAACCUUCAAUUAAAAUUCAUCUCAGUCUAGAACCUUAAGAGAAUAUAUAAGAAUAGUUCUGCAUUGUUUUGAAUAUAUCACAGCCACAUUUGGUCAGUUCGAAAAAGAAAGUAGCGGAAUAGCAGUUUCGCUUCUUCAACAACGGGUUCUUCUUCUUCUGCCUUCUCUAAGGUUGUGAUUGAACUCCAUAUUAGGGGAUUCUUGAAGUUCAACUAUGACAUACACGGAAACAGACACAUUCUAUCUAGCAAAGGAGCAGCUUAUAAACUCGCCUUCUAGGAAAGAUGGAAUCGAUGAAGUUACGGAAACCACACUUAGAAUCUAUGGUUGUGAUCUGAUCCAAGAAAGUGGGAUUUUGCUCAGAUUACCCCAAGCUGUAAUGGCCACUGGUCAAGUACUAUUUCAUCGCUUUUACUGCAAGAAAUCAUUUGCCUGUUUUAAUGUGAAGAGGGCUGCUGCUAGUUGUGUUUGGCUUGCAUCAAAACUCGAAGAAAGCCUGAGAGAAGCAAUGCAGGUGCUUAUUGUUUUCCACAUAAUGGAAUGUAGGAGAGAAAACUUACCUAUAGAGCACCUGGAUCUAACUUCGGAGAUAUAUAUCGAUUUGAAAGCAGACCUAAUCAGAAUAGAGAUGCAUCUCUUAAAAGAGAUUGGUUUCAUCUGCCAUGUCAAGCAUCCUCAUAUAUUUAUAUCAAACUACCUUGCAGCUCUUGAAACACCUCAAGAAUUGAGACAAGAAGCUUGGAAUCUUGCAAAUGACAGUUUGCGCACGACACUGUGUGUGAGAUUCAAGAAUGAGGUUGUGGCCUGUGGAGUUGUAUAUGCUGCAGCCCGUAGAUUUCGAGUGCCCCUCCCAGAGAAACCUCCUUGGUGGAAAGCAUUUGAUGCAAACAAGGCUGGUAUAGAUGAAGUUUGCAGAGUGCUCACUCAUCUUUACAGUCUUCCCAAAGCACAAUACAUUCCUGUAUGCAAGGAAGGAGGCUCCUUUGCUACAUUAAACAGAUCAAGGGACUCGCCAUCGCUUCCUCUAUCUAAGGAAGGUUCAGUGAAUGAAGAUACUAGGGAGGCAGUAACAAAAGUUGCCCUUGAUAAGUUGAAGGACUCAAAGAAGAGCGACGAUUACUCCAAAAGCAUGCCUUCAGAAGGGGAGUACUCAAAAGGAGAGCCUGGAAAAACUCUCUACAGAACAGAUGGUGGGGCAGAAAAGAACAAGGAGAGAGAGAGGGAUAAGGAAAGACUAAAGUCUCGUGAACGUGAUAGGGGAAGGGAGCGAGACGACUUUGAUAGAGACAGGGAAAAAUCCAAGAAAAGGAGUUAUCAUUCAAGAGACAAAGGUCACUCAGAGAAACCAAAACAUCACUCUUCUCGAGAUCGUGAUUACCAGUCUUAUUCAUCACAGGAGAAGAAUCGUUGUAGACACCAUUAACUUGGAACGGCC